CUUCAAGCUCCGUGGCAACUCUGAUGCAGUUUAUCUUUUGACCUAUAUUAACUGCCUUUCCUGGUGGUUGGGAUAGUUUGUGGCUUGUUACGCCGCUCAAUGUGAACCAUCUAUCGAACACCUGUGUCUUUGAUUCUAUAUGCUUAUAUGUGGAUAGCAAACUGUCCUAAGUUCUAAAUGGAAUCAAGCUACAUAUAUUAUCAGUAUAUUUUGCUUGUUCUACAUCUGCGAUAUUGCAUUGGGUGUGAUGAUGUCACGUUCAUGUACCCAGCGGAGGCCUUGAACGGUGGUCUUGUAACGGACUUCGCUCUAUGGACAAGAGGUGAUACCGGUUCUCUCGUCGGCUGUACCAGCGACUGCCAACGUCACCACAAAUGUGUAUCCGUGUUCUACAACAGUGGUACUGACACUUGUACUGCCCAUGCAGUCCAGAUUUAUCCCAACGAUCCACGAACAACCGAUGCUGGAUCUGUCUACUAUACUUUACCCAUAGAAAAAGAGAACUGCGCUGACAUUUUGGCCCAGGAUCCGUCAUCUACCAACGGAAUCUACAUUGUAAACCCUAAUGACGGCCAGGGACCCAUCACCGUGUACUGUGACAUGACUACUGAUGGAGGCGGGUGGACGGUGUUCCAGAGGAGGGAAGACGGUACUGUUGACUUUUACCAGAACUGGGCGGAAUACAAGUCUGGCUUUGGAUCUCUUGGAAGCGAGUUUUGGCUUGGUAAUGAUAUACUUAAUCGCUUGACAUCGGCGAAACCAUCACAACUGAGAAUCGACAUGAGAGACAAGAAUCAGGCAUCCGGGUAUGCAAAGUACUCCUCCUUCUCUGUGGGGCCUGAAAGUAACAACUACAAACUAACGGUUUCAGGCUACAGUGGGGACAGAGGUGACUCGUUAACCAGUACUCAUAACGGCAUGGACUUCUCCACCAAAGACAGGGACCAGGACACGUGGGGCAACAACUGUGCUCUCGCGCGGUACGGUGGCUGGUGGUACAGAGAUUGUCACAGCAGCAACCUGAACGGCCUACACGGCAACGACGGCUACAGUAACGGCAUGAACUGGGAAAGCUGGCACGGUUUCUACUACUCUCUUAUGUGGACUGAAAUGAAACUGAGACCUGUUUAGAAGUUGUUAUUAUUUUGUUGAAUACCUACUUCAUAAUAACAUAGCUACGUAGCUGCAGUGUUAAUUCUCAAACAUCGGUUUGGUCCAUUCACACACAAUGGUUCAAUAACUCUCGCUGCUGCACAGACAACACACACACACACACACACACACACACAUCUACCUAUCUAUCUAUCACUCUUUUUACAAUGACGUGUGUGAUUAGAGACGGUUCUUAUAUCGAUUUUUUAAAAUGAAUUGCCGUUAGUUGAAAAUUCAUCAACCGACGUGCGCCCAGAUAACAUACUGACCUUGGGCCAACGUCAUCACUUUCGGUCAUGAAUUUCGUUAGCCGAGAGCCGCGAUGCGGUCUUUUUCAGUCUUGACUGAAGUUAGUGAAAUCUGUGUUUUCAAUUUCAAGAAAAUCAUCAAUCAUGUUGGCAUUUCUGAAUGUACCAUGACUGUUUUUCGGUGGGCACAAAUCGGAAAUAAAGUUGAACAUAAUAAAAACACAUAAUGAAACACUUACCGCUAUAU